CUUUAUUUUUAAGCCAGCCGAAUGUAAACAAUCGCACGUGUUGAAUCAAAAAAAAAGUGUAGGCUCCUACAAAUUACUGUGUAUUUAGCCAAAAGGAAAAAAACAAAACAUGGAAAUUAUUGUUGGCACGUAUGAAAAUUUUCUGCUAGGCUAUAAAGUCGAUAUAAAGGUUGACAAGCCAUCAAUAGUACAGUCCUUUGCGGACAGAUCACAUUCUGGGUCAAUACGAUGUGUUGCUGUCAAGGAUCAAUGGAUAGCUACGGGAGCAACAGACGAUCGCAUUUUUAUAUACGAUAUGAGCACACGAAAACAAGCACAGAUUAUACUCUCCCAUGAUGGCACUAUAAACUCAUUGGCUUUCACCCCAGAUGGCACUCAUUUAUUGUCUGCAGGCGACGAUGGCCGCAUGAUAGCUACACGCCUUAAAACCUGGUUUACUGAUGCCACAUGGAAAAAGGCUCACAGUGGUUCAGCUGUUACGCAUGUAAGUUGCCAUCCGAGCGGAAAGCUUGCUCUCUCCUUGGGGUCCGAUCUGGUUUUAAGAACAUGGAACUUAGUUAAGGGGCGUGUGGCAUACAAAACCAAUCUAAAAAGUCGCAACACAUUAGGCCGUCAACCGGAUUGUCUCACAUGGUCGCCCAACGGUGAUUAUUUCACUUUGAGUGGUCAACGUGUUGUUGAAUUUUGGUCCAUAAAAACUGCGGAUGUAGCGCGUUCACAGAAGACAAAAUCAAAACCAACUUGUUUGUCUUGGAUAUCAGAUGAAGAGUGCCUAGUGGGAUUAGAAGAUGGAAAGAUUUUGUGGCUUAAUGUGAACAAAGAAGAAGAUAAUGAUAUCGAAAUUCCUGCUUACAUGUAUGUACGAGUAAAGGUGAUGCAAAGCUUUAAGAACAAUUUAAUAACAGCAUCCAGUUUUGGUGAAAUAAAAGUCUGGCAAAUAGUUGCAAAUAAGCGUAAACUAAAGGAAGUUGCUAAGGCCAACAUAGGAUGCCGUCCUACAUGUUUAAGUGUAUUGGAUUUAGAACAAUUUGGAGCUAACUAUGUAAUAAGCAGCACAAUUGAGGAGGUAAAGGAUAUAAAACCGACAGGAUCCAAGGCAAAAGCACCUCCUCGAGGUGUGGUCACAAUUGAAUACGACGAUGAUGAUAAUGAAGACAGUGAUAGCAAUUCAAAAUCAGACCAUGAAGAAGAAAGUGAUGAGGAGGAAGUGACUGAAGGCGAAGAAGAAGAAAACGACAAUGAUAGUGCUGCAGAGGUAAGUGAUGAUGACGAAAAUGAGGACGACGUUGAAGAACCUUCAAGUGAACCUGCAAGUACCAAUAGCGAAGAAGACGAACAAAAUGCAGAACCUGUAAUGCGUUUACCUAAAUCACGCAAGCAUAAACUACAAUUGAUGAAAAUGAAGUCAAACACAAAUAAAAAACAAAAGAUGGACAACUAUGUUAAACCACAGCAAACUAUUAACAAAGCAAAAAAUAAACAAAAAAAUAAAAAGUAGGAAAAAAUA